AUGAAGAAUUUAAUUUAGAAGAAUAGAGAUAUUAUAUUUCAUUUUAAUGGUUAAUACUACGUGGGGAGAAAUGAUCAUAUCAGAAAAAUUAUCCGAUUAUGUCGAAAGAGUUAUUCCCAGCUAUUCGAGAACGGUAUUCAAAGAACAUUUUCGAAUGUUUCCUGAAACUUUCGAAAUGGUACUGACAUCAAUCGGACCAGGAUUACAUGCCAUUAAUAAUGCUCUUCGUAACAGAAAGUCAAUCGGAGGAGAAGCAAUUACUUAUCGCUAUUUGGUUUAUGGCUACGCCUGAUUCUUAUAGAUCUGUUGUUACAAAAUUCGGUGUAGAAAGAGAUACGGCUUUUCGGGCAUUACGGCGAGUGACUUAUGCUUUGCAUUGUGUGGCAUCUCGUUUUAUUAUUAAAUGGCCGAGAGACCAAGUUGCUCUAGACGUGAUGGAUUCCAACAAUUGUAUAGUUUUCCUAAUGUUAUUGGUCAUUGAUGGAAUUCAUAUUAAAAUUCAAGCUCUAACUGAAGAUGAAAACACAUAAAUAAAAAAGGCUUCCACUCCAUUGUGGCGCCCUUGCCACCUACUUCCGCUGUGCCGCUUGGCGCGCCCGUCGCCGAGCGCCACCGUCCAUCGAAGAAGCAGAUGAUUAUACCACGACCAGUGUGGUAACUUCCACCUUUCUCCCCGUCGGCCACAUCGGGUUGAGCGGCCAUUACGCGGUUCAUGCCUGCCAUCGGAUACACAACAGCCACACGUCUAGCGGAGGGAGAGAGGGAGAGAGUUUCAAGUAUCAUCCCGGUCGUCCGUGUCGUGCGAGUGUGUGACCGCGCCCUGUGUAGUGCCGGAUUCUGUGCUGUGUCGCAUUCGUGUCUGUGUCGUGCGACCACGUGCGGCGUUCCACCUGUUGCGCCGAGUGCUCGCCGCCCCUCUCGCUCUCCGUGCGCCUCCACCUUUCUCGCCUGCGCGCGAGACGCUGGUGCGCCCGUUCCUUCUCUCGCUCGCGUGUGACCGGCUGGUUCUCGCUCUCUUUCUCGUGUGUGUGUGCUGCUUUUCAUCCACGCUCGCGUCUAUUCUGUUCCGUCCCGUCUUAUUCUGUAUUUUAUCCGCGUUCUGUGCAAUCGGCAAGGUUUCGCGUCUCGCCUUCUGCGUUUCUCUUUUGCGUGCGCCCUGUUUUACCCGCGUCCGUGUUGCGUUUCAUGCUCGUCUGCGUUGCGUCUGUCAGUCAUCUGCAUUUCUCUUUUGCGUCGCACCCUUUCAGUUUCUUUAAUCAGCAUUAGGCGUGCGGCAGCCGCCCACGAUCUCCUGCAAUUUGCGAGCGUUCUGCGUGGCUACGCAGCAUGCGUCUUCCAGCGAUCCGCCUCCUCUUUCGCGAGCAAUCUUUUUCAGCGUUUCUCUUUUUGUUUCUCUUUGUUUCAGCAUUUUCUAGUCUCGAACGUUCCUUCGCGUCCGCGGUGCCCUUGCAGGCAUUGUACGUUCCGCAAAAUGACAAUUGUCAUGCGCAUUUUUUGUGUUCGCGGUGUCCUUUUGGCAUUGUAUCG